AUGGGCGAGUACAUUGAGCCUAGUUCGGUCACAUGGCUCAAUGAGCAUGUUGCAAAACCAGGCGAUGGUGGUUGGUCUGAAUCUGUGACUCUCCCAACAGUAGUAGAUGCGACUCAUGAGGAAGUCCUUGUCCUUGCCUGGACGCUUGUUCUGCUCCGUGGUACAGUACACAGCGAAGAAAGUGGCUUUUCUUGGACCCAAGGUACGCAGACCUAUGGAUGUCUUCUGGCGGAUGUCGUUCCGAACGACAGUACCUCGUUGAAAGAGGUUUUGAAGAAGAUUCAAGAUCUGAGGCAGCCUGAGAGAGAUUCAAAUGUCUUAGUCCUUCAAAAUGCCAUACCCGGAUCAGAAGGCGACUUUUCGCUAGAGGCAAAGCUGUCGCAAAGCAAUAUAUCAUUGCGCGGAGCUUCUCGAUCCUCGUCAGCCACACAACCAAAUCAAAUUUUCUUGCCCCAAAUCUUCGCCGACAUCCUAUCUUCAAUCGCAGAUGGCCUUGACCAGACAGUCGCUCAAGCCACCCGCAUCGGAAGUCGAGAGCUAUGCCAGCUGUGGCAGUGGAAUGACCCCAUGCCCCCGACCAUCGACCGCUGUAUUCAGGAUAUGAUCAGUGAAAAAGCCCGAGCUCAGCCCAAUCGUCCCGCUGUUACUUCGUGGGAUGGAGAACUCAUUUACUCGGAGCUAGAAGAUAUGUCAACAAAUCUUGCCAACCAUCUCGUCACUCUCGGGCUGAAAAUCGGAAAUGCUGUACCUCUCUGCUUCGAAAAAUCCAUGUGGACAAUUGUUGGUGUUUUGGCGGUGAUGAAAGCCGGCGGAACACUGGUUCUUAUGGAUCCCAGCCAGCCCGAGGGGCGGCUAGCCACAGUUGCACAGGAAGUGGACGCUGACUUGAUUCUGACGUCCGAGUUGCAGGCAAAUCUCGGCCAGCGCAUUGUCCCAGGAGGAAAGCAGGUGAUUGUCGGACCGAGUAUUGCGCAUGCCGAUUUCAAGUCACCGGCUGUAGCUCUGCCUGACAUUCCACCCUCAUCUCCACUCUAUAUUCAGUUCACAUCUGGUAGUACUGGAAAGCCAAAAGGUGUUGUGAUCACCCAUUCCAACUAUGCCAGUGGCGCUGUCCCACGAGCUGCAGCUGUGGGGUAUGGAGCGCAUUCGCGAGUCCUCGAUUUCCCUUCGUACGCUUUUGACGUCAGUGUCGACUGUAUGCUAUGCACACUGGCCAACAGGGGAUGCAUUUGUGUUCCAUCAGAGGACCAAAGAGUCAACGAUCUCAGUGGUGCUAUUCGUGGUAUGAGCGUGAACAUGGCUCAUAUGACUCCAUCUGUCGCGCGAGUUCUGGCCCCCGAUAUCAUGCCCUCGUUGGAAGUCAUUGGCCUUGGAGGCGAGGCAAUCACUGCCAGUGACGCGACUGAGUGGGGUAAGAAGACCAAGAUUGUCAUUGCGUAUGGUCCAUCUGAGUGUACAGUUGGAUGUACUAUCAACAACGAUAUACCCGAGGGUAGAUCUUACACCACCAUUGGCAAGGGAGUCGGCGGGACAACCUGGAUUGUGGAUCCAUCUGACCAAGAUCGAUUGUUGCCCAUUGGCGCAGUGGGAGAGUUGCUCAUCGAAGGCCCCGUGGUCGGCGAGGGAUAUCUCAACAGCCCAGAAAAGACAGCAGAAGUCUUCAUUGAAGACCCGAAAUGGUUGCUUCAGGGCGGAGGAGACUCGCCAGGCCGCAAGGGACGUCUUUACAAAACUGGUGACCUGGUGCGGUAUGAUCCCGACGGAUCAGGUAACAUCAUCUUCAUUGGCCGUGCAGAUCAACAAGUAAAACUGCGUGGUCAACGUGUGGAGCUUGGAGAGAUCGAGUAUCACGUUCGGAACUAUCUCCCUGCUGGAGUGAGCGCGGCAGCAGAAGUCAUCCUUCCUGGUGGAAAGAAGGCCGAUGCCACAUUGGUGGUUUUUGUUGCAGAGGAAAAGAGCGAUAAGACUGGAACAAUCAGUCAGACCACUUCGUUCUCAAAGCCACUCCAAACUCUUCUCGCUGGCAUUGAUGAUGUCCUCGCCAUAAACUUGCCUCGGUACAUGCUUCCCACCGCAUACAUCCCACUGGAUCAGAUGCCGCUCAUGGUAUCACUCAAGACAGACCGAAAGCAGCUUCGGGCCCUUGGAGCCAGUUUGAGCAGACGUCAAAUAGCCGAGUUUAAGACCUCCACGGCAGUCAAGAUAUCCCCACGAACAGAGAUGGAGAAGAAACUUCAUGUUCUGUGGACCAAGAUCUUUGGAAAUGAUGUGGAGAUUGGAGUGAACGACCAUUUCUUCAGUCUUGGAGGUGACUCCCUUAAGGCCAUGAAGCUCGUUGCUGUUGCAAGAGAGCAGCUCAUUGUUCUUCAAGUCACCGAUAUAUUCCGUUACCCCAUCUUGGAGCAGAUGGUGUUAAGAAUGAAGGAGAUGGAUACAGAAGACAUCGAAAAUACUCCGCCAUUUUCACUGCUUCCAGCUGAUUGGGAUGCUGGAACAGCUCAGGCUGAAGUGGCCUCUCUGAGUGACUUGGAUCCUACGGACGUCGAAGAUGUGUAUCCCUGUACACCUUUGCAGGAGGCUCUCAUGGCACUGUCAGCCAAGUUCAUGGAUGCAUAUAUCGCCCAAAGAGUCAUUGAGCUGCCGGAUGCAAGUUCUGCAAACCAACUGCGGACCGCAUUUGAGAUUGUGUCAGCUCAAUCGGCAAUCCUUCGCACGCGAAUCGUUCAAGUGCCACGCCGUGGACUGAUGCAGGUUGUUGUGCGACACAAUGUGCAGUGGUCACGGAGUUCGAACUUGGACGAUUACCUGCGUGACGAUACGCUGAAAGGAAUGUCACUAGGCACCGAACUUUGCAGAUUCGGCAUUGUGAGCGAUCAAGCGACCGGCAAAUGUCACAUCGUGCUCAGCAUUCAUCAUGCACUAUACGAUGGCUGGUCCAUGCCAUUGAUAGUCGAACGCGUGAAUCGUGCCUACCGUGGUCAGGAUAUCGGUGCCCCAGCCCCAUUCAAGAAUUUCAUCAAAUGGCUCGAUAAUACUGAUCGAGCUUCCUCUGAAAAUUACUGGACAGAGCAACUGGAAGGAGCCACGGCAUUGCAGUUCCCAGUCCUUCCACAAGUUGGCUAUCAAGCUCGGGCUGAUUCACUGCUGGAGCACUAUGUCAAUCUUCCACAGGCAUCUUCCAAAUCAACAACUAGCAUUGCUACCGCAAUUCGUGGGGCCUGGGCCCUUGUGGCUGCGGAGUAUACCUCCUCUGACGACGUUGUAUUCGGCGAGACUAUGACCGGUCGCACUGCACCCGUGGCAGCGGUCGAAGAAAUCGAGGGUCCCAUGAUCACGACCGUUCCUGUUCGAGUUUGCAUCGAUCGAAAGUCUCGGGCAUCAACAUAUCUUCAAAACAUCCAUGACCAGACAGUGCAUCGGAUUCCUCAUGAGCACAUGGGCUUGCAGCAUAUCAGACGGUUGAAUUCCGAUGCUCGCGAGGCUUGUGAGUUGCGCACCGGCAUCGUGAUUCAUCCAACUAUUGAGGAGGAUGAAAACCCCGAAGAGCAGGCACCUGCUACCGCAUUCGUUCCGACCAGUGAAGCAGAAGCUGCUCGGGAGGCGUUGAAGUUCAACUCCUAUUCUCUCAUGCUUGUGUUCACUGUCGAUAAAAAUGGAUUCCUUAUCAUGGCAAGUUUCGAUUCUAAGACUGUUGAUGUGCCUCAGAUGACGGGGGUGCUCAGCCGAUUUGAUCUGCUGGUACAAAAGAUACUGGAGGAUCCGACUCAGAAGAUCCAGCAAAUCUAUGAGUCCACGGCUGGGUCGGACAUCUCUGAACAGGAUCUUCUCUCUGUCAUUGGCCCAGGAAGCUUGCCUACCGAGGAUACAUAUUCCGGCAUCACGGCAACUUGGAUUGUCGAUCCGCUGGACAAAAGCCGUCUUCUUCCAGUCGGUGCUGUCGGAGAGCUGAUUGUGGAACGCCCAAUCGAGUUGCCAGUCGGUGAUCCCAUUGGAAGACCCCAGUGGCACACUCGACCAACAAACUUGCUUGCAACAAAUCAAUUGGCGAAGUUCACAAGCGAGGGCUCUAUCAUCCUGCUUCGUGCAAAGAAUACACAGGUCGACCAGCGCCCGGCCAGAGGCAAGAUAGGGAACACAAAUACAUCCGUCACGACUGUUGCCGAGAGCAAGCUGCAGCAAUUGUGGUCGGAGAUCUUGGAUAUUCCAGCGCAAGAUAUCCUGUUAGACGAUAGCUUCUUCGAGCUGGGUGGCGAUUCAAUCCGUGCCAUGAAGCUGGUCUCGGAGGCUCGGGCUGUGGGCAUUCAAUUGACGGUGACCACAAUAUUCGAUCACAAGUCCCUGUUUGAAAUGGCACAGCAUUCCAUUGAGGCCGGGCCUCCAGCGACAUCAGAACAAAACUAUUCAAAGUUCAGUUCGCUUGAUGUGACAGAUCCUGCUGAGCUUGUCGCAAAACUGCAAUCAUUGCUUGAGCGACCUGAAUGGAAGAUCAUCGACGCCUAUCCCAGUCGCCCUCUGCAGGAAAUCGCCGUUGAAGGGACUGUUCAGCUUCCUCGAUUCUCCACGCGUUACGAAGUGUUCUAUAUGAACAGUGCCAUCGAUCGCAGCCAGCUUUUCCAAAGCUGUCAGGAGUUGAUUGCGAGGAACGAGAUCCUCCGAACCCUCUUCGUGGAGCACGAGGGAAUUUCACUCGGAGUGGUGGUAGAAGCAUUAACCUGUGAGAUUUUCAAAUACGAAAUCGAAACAGACUUGGAAGAGUUCAGCCGAAAGGUCUGCGACGUGGAUGUUCAAUCCCGCAUCCGAUUGGGAUCACGAUUCAUCAAAUUCUUCUUCAUCCAGCAUGUUGACGGGCCCAGCAGCCUGAUUAUGCGAAUCUCGCAUGCUCAGUAUGAUGAGAUCUGUCUCCCGAUUUUGCUGCAACAACUCUCGGCACUAUAUGAGAAGCGACCAGUGCCAAAGAGUCUGCCAUUCUCAUCAUAUGUCAAUCAUGUCACUCAGAGCAACGUGCCAGCAAGCAUUCCCUACUGGACAAAUCUCCUGCGUGGUUCAUUCAUGACAAGGAUACAGCCUGAUAUCCCCGUCCUAUCCAGUGUCCAUUUUGCCAUAUCCAAGGACGUCAGCAUUGCCGCCCGACCACGGGAUAUCACGGUCGCAACUCUGCCCACGGCGGCCUGGGCGUUGUGUCUCGCGCGGCGUCUCUCUCUCGAUGACGUCACCUUUGGUGAAGUGGUGAGUGGUCGCAACAUCGACUUGCCGAACGGGGAUGCCAUCGUUGGGCCUUCGUGGCAGUAUGUACCGGUGCGAGUGAAUUUCGAGGAUGGCUGGCGCGCCCGGGAUCUGCUGCAGUUUGUUCAGCGGCAGCACCUUGAAAGUGCACAAUUUGAAGGGAUUGGCUUGAAAGAAGUCAUCAAGCAUUGUACUGACUGGCCGGAGUCUGUUGAUUGGUUUGACUCUGUCGUACACCAAGAUGUCGAACAUGUGGAAGAUCUCUCUUUCAUGGGAGCCAGCAGCCGCAUGGAAACCAUCUACCCGCACUUCGAACCUUUGCGUGAAAUCAAAGUGCAGGCAUUCCCCAAGGGCGAUACAUUGUGCAUCGAGAUCGUCACUGUUGAGUCAUGGUCGGAAUUUGCAAAAUCGAUACUCGAUGAGAUCCUUGGGAUCGUGGAUCAGUUGGUGAAUCACAUCGACUCGCCCGUGCUCUGA